AUGUGCCCAUUGCCUUUAUUGUCAUUUUAUCAAGCCACCUUCUCCCAAACUGAUGCCCCUCCUAGUAUCUGCUCUGCCGGUGCCAUCCCUGCAGGAACAAGCCCCCGUGGUGUCAAGCGUAGUCGCACGCCAGAUCGCAGUGGGAAUGGCCAUACGGAAGGAGAUCAGGAUGAUGAAGACCAAGGUCGUCGCAAGCGCGGUCGUCCUCCAAAGAUCCCGCGCGCCAACUCCAACGAACAAGUGGGCGCUACUCCUCCGAUUCAGACGCCUCAGAUGCAACCUCGAGCUUUACCCCAGAACGCUGGAUCACCACCUCUUGCGUCACCACCCGAUAAGACCACGCCCACAAAGACUCUCGUGAAGGCGCUGCCAACGGUUCGCGAUCACACAUCAGAUCAAUUGAACGAAGAGGGUGAUGAAUACAUUCCAAAGGAGUUCGAUGAGGCAGGUGAAACCAAAGUAGAUGCCAUGGGCUACCUGCAAGGCAACCGCGAAUAUAAGUGUCGAACUUUUCGUGUGCCGAACCGUAGCACGAAACUGUUUAUGCUCGCCACGGAAUGUGCAAGGGUCUUGAACUACAGAGAUUCGUACCUUUUGUUCAACAAGAAUCGAUCGUUGCACAAGAUCAUUGCAUCUCAAAUUGAAAAGGAUGACCUCAUCCAGCAGGACAUUCUUCCGUAUUCCUAUCGGUCUCGACAAAUUGCUAUUGUUUCCGCUCGUUCAAUGUUCCGACAGUUCGGUAGCCGCGUGAUUGUGAACGGCCGUCGUGUUCGAGAUGAUUACUGGGAAAGCAAAGCGAGGAAACAGGGUUUCACUGAGGACGACCUGGCUGGUGAGAAGCGUCCGGGUGCUUCCAAGGUUCGCGAUGGAGCUGCGGCAGAUGCUACGUCCAGCUUACUACCGACGCUCCCCCAUAAUAAUGUGAUCUUCAGCAAUACGCACGAGCCACUGCCGCCUGGUCUAUCUUUGGAUGUCUCGGAUUCUUCUAUCUCGCAACUCAGCAUGCUCCCUAUCGCUACCUCGGACGAUCCACGUCUCCGAGACUACAACAGCAUGGCUCGUUCACGUCAAGAGUUAACGGGUCAGACCUAUCAAGAUCGAUCGCAGCCCAGCUCGUCUGCCGAAAUCCUCAACCAGGCUUCACACGCCGCCGAGUUCAACAAGCUCAUUGGGUCCCAAAGGAGCUACCGACGGAAAGGGCUCGAUGAAUUCUAUGCGAAACCACGUGAAGCUCCUGAGUCUGAAGCCCAGGCUACGACCGCUCUUGAUUCAGGCCUGUCGGUAUCGCAGCCCAUUCAACCCGCCCAGGUUCCGCCUGCCGGCAUGGUGAACCCAUCUCAAGCCCAGCAUGUUCACCAUCAAGCUGCGAUGAUGGCUGGCCAGGCCAAUUUCCCGCAGCAAGCGCAUCAACCACCUAUGGGCCAACAGGCCGUGCGGGGAUUACAGCCGGGCAUGCGGCCCGACCUCAUGCACCAGCGAUCCAACCCAUCCAUGGCUGGCGUAGUCCAACCUCCUUACGGAUAUCCGCCUCAGCAUCAACCUCAGCAGCAGGUAUGGGGUCAGCCACCAUCGCAACCCCAGCAGUCCCCAAUGUCAUCCACCCCACAGGGCGUGAUGCCCCAGCAGUACGCCCAGCAUGGUCAGCAGAUGGCUACGGCCCCUCAACAGACCCCCUCUCCGCUACACCACAAUCAGCAGCCCCAGCAAUCCCCCCGCAAUCAGCCUCGCCCUCAAGUUCCGCAAAUGCCGCAGCAAUUUCACCAGAUGCAACACCCUCAGCAGCAGCAAGCUAUGGCAGGCAUGGCUUUCCCGGGGGGCAAUCCCGCUGCCUACCAAGGUAUGGCGCGGGCAAUGUACCCCUCUGCUCAGGCAGCCCCAGGUGGUCAGCCUUUCAUGGGCAAUCCUCAGCAGGCAAGUAUGGCAAUGGGAAUGGGUGGCGGCGGGAUGCCGGGAUGGCCUGCCGGGCCUGGUGGGCCGAUGCAGCCCAGUCAGCCCCAGCCCGGUCAGUCUGGUAGCCCAUUAGGUGGAUGGUCAGGCUACUAG